UGACGCAGUGGGCGGCCCGGCACGGGCGGAGGCGGUGUUAGAGAAUCGGGGGGCCGCGAGGCCCCCGGCAUGGAGGCGGCGGCGGCGGCUCCGGGCCUGCGGCGGGGGAGGCGGCGCGGAGGGACCGGCGUCUGGAGAAGUUCCCCGGCACCGCGAGCGCUCCCGUGCCAUGCGUCUGCCACAGCGGGCGAGCGGCCCCGUCUGUAGUUAAGGUCAGAGAUGUGCCUGCUUCCCAUAGAUAACGCCGAGGUGUUGUAGCCGGGGCGUUGCCGGGAUUACGGAACCCGUGCUGGGAGCGUUGUGGGGAUUGCCGCCUGCCUGCCUGCGUGCUUGGGACGUGGGGAGCGUGGAGCUGGCGGCUGCUGGCUCUGCGGGUCCCUGGUGCAAACAGAGCCGGUUCCGAGUGGGAAGGUAGACCGUAAGCUGGUGUAAGUGUCACGCGUCGGAAGCCAAUCCUUGAUGGUUUGUUGGAAGAAACCGGUUCUGUGUGAAAGCGCAACCUCCGCCAAGUGAAGUUACUACAGUAUUUUGCACCUCAGUACAAGUUUCAAAGAAAGGAGUGUGGAAAACUGAGCUGCCUGAUAGCUCCCUGCAGCUAAACAGAGGAAAGAGACUGAAGAGAAGCAAGCAUGUUCUCCUGAGAUCACCACAAUUUGGCAGUCCGAUGCCAGAAGCCCAGGUAUUUGACUGGAGGAAGGAACAUGAAGUACUGUGAGAAGAUACCUGGCAUCCAGCUGCAGUUGUCCUGUGAUCUGUUGGAGGUGAGCAUCGUGCCUGCUGACCUGUCUCAGACCCACUAGCCAUGCCAGGGAUUGUCGUGUUCCGCCGUCGCUGGUCUGUGGGCAGCGAUGACCUCGUUUUGCCAGCAGUCUUCCUCUUCCUCCUGCAUACCACCUGGUUUGUGAUCCUCUCCGUGGUGCUCUUUGGGCUGGUGUACAACCCCAAUGAGACCUGCUCGCUGAACCUGGUGGACCAUGGCAGAGGCUACCUAGGCAUCCUGCUCAGCUGUAUGAUCGCAGAGAUGGCAAUCAUCUGGCUCAGCAUGCGAGGCAGCAUCCUGUACACCGAGCCCCGAGACUCCAUGCAGUAUGUGCUCUAUGUCAGACUGGCUAUCUUGGUGAUUGAGUUUGUGUAUGCUAUUGUGGGCAUCAUUUGGCUAACGCAGUACUACACUUCCUGCAAUGAUAUCACCGCAAAGAGUGUCACUUUGGGAAUGGUGGUGUGCAACUGGGUUGUCAUCCUGAGUGUCUGCAUCACCGUCCUAUGCGUCUUCGACCCGACAGGCCGGACCUUUGUCAAACUGCGUGCCACAAAGCGGAGACAGCGCAACCUGAGGACCUACAACCUGCGACACCGCCUGGAAGAAGGGCAGGCCAGCAGCUGGACGCGCCGCCUCAAGGUUUUUCUUUGCUGCACACGGACAAAGGACUCUCAGUCGGAUGCCUACUCUGAAAUCGCCUACCUUUUCGCUGAGUUCUUCCGAGACCUUGACAUUGUCCCAUCUGACAUCAUUGCAGGCCUGGUUCUUCUGCGCCAGCGGCAGCGGGCAAAGCGCAGUGCCGUGCUGGAUGAGGCAAACAAUGACAUUUUAGCUUUUCUGUCUGGGAUGCCAGUGACCAGGAACACAAAGUAUCUGGAUCUGAAAAAUGCGCAAGAGAUGCAGCGAUACAAAGAGGUGUGUUACUACAUGCUGUUUGCCCUGGCUGCCUAUGGCUGGCCCAUAUACCUGAUGAGGAAGCCCACAUGUGGACUCUGUCACCUGGCCAGAUCCUGCUCGUGUUGCUGUCUCUGUCCUUCACGUCCUCGCUAUGCACCCAGUGUCACCAUUGAAGAGGAUAAUUGCUGUGGCUGCAAUGCCAUUGCCAUCCGGCGCCACUUCUUGGAUGAGAACAUGACCUCGGUGGACAUUGUUUACACUUCUUGCCACGAUGCGGUUUAUGAAACUCCUUUUUACGUGGCUGUGGACCACGAGAAGAAGAAGGUGGUCAUUAGUAUCCGAGGAACUCUGUCUCCAAAAGAUGCCCUGACUGACCUGACUGGGGAUGCAGAGCGCCUUCCAGUUGAGGGUCACCAUGGAACGUGGCUGGGACAUAAGGGAAUGGUGCUAUCUGCUGAGUACAUCAAGAAGAAACUGGAGCAAGAGAUGGUGCUUUCUCAAGCCUUUGGACGAGACUUGGGGAGAGGAACAAAACACUAUGGCCUGAUUGUGGUUGGCCAUUCCCUAGGGGCUGGCACAGCUGCCAUCCUGUCCUUCCUCUUGCGUCCACAGUACCCAUCACUGAAGUGCUUUGCUUAUUCUCCCCCAGGUGGGCUGCUGAGUGAGGAUGCCAUGGAAUAUUCAAAAGAGUUUGUGACUGCAGUCGUGCUUGGCAAAGAUCUAGUGCCCAGAAUUGGUCUCUCUCAGCUGGAGGGAUUUCGCAGGCAGCUUCUGGAUGUUCUUCAGAGAAGUAACAAACCAAAGUGGCGGAUCAUUGUGGGUGCUACCAAGUGCAUACCCAAGUCAGAGCUUCCUGAAGAGACAGAAGAGAACUCAGUAACGAGCAACCGCCUCUGGACCCACCCCAGUGAUCUGACCAUUGCCCUGUCUGCCAGCACACCACUCUACCCACCUGGCCGCAUCAUCCAUGUGGUGCACAAUCAUCCUGCAGAGCAAUGCUGUUGCUGUGAGCAAGAGGAUCCCACUUACUUUGCUAUCUGGGGUGACAAUAAGGCAUUUAAUGAAGUGAUCAUCUCACCAGCAAUGUUGCACGAACACCUCCCAUAUGUGGUCAUGGAAGGGCUCAACAAGGUCUUAGAGAAUUACAAUAAGGGGAAAACAGCCUUACUUUCUGCAGCAAAAGUGAUGGUGAGCCCUACAGAAGUGGAUCUCACUCCAGAGUUGAUCUUCCAGAGUCAGCCCUUGCCUAGUGGACCCUCUGUGCAGAUUGGAACUGGAGCCCUAACAGUGGACAGGAGGAGCAGCAGUACAAAGAGCAAGUCCCAUUCUGAAAUCAGCUUGGAGGGGUUUUAUGAGACAAAGCCACUUUCUCCUGUGCAGAAAGACCCCGUAGAGCUUCUUCUCCUGGACACAAAGGAACGUCUGUCUGUGGAGCUGCAGGACCGCCGUGCCCCUCUCGCCACCAUGGAGAGCCUCUCUGACAACGAAUCCAUCUACAGCUUCGAUUCGAGGCGCUCCUCUGGUUUCCGGAGCAUCCGAGGCUCCCCCAGCCUCCACGCUGUCAUGGAGAAGGAUGAGAUGCACUGCUUUUAUAUAGACCCCGCUAUCCCUGAGGAGAACCCCUCCCUCAGCUCUCGGACAGAGCUGCUGGCUGCUGAUAGCCUCUCCAAGCACUCCCAGGAGACUCAGGCUCCCGACAACGCGCUCAACAGCGGUGGCACCACCCCUCAGCGGCGCUGCAGUGAGGAGGGGGCCAGCAGUGAGGGGGACCGUGUUUCCUUAGCCCCUCGUGAGGAGCUGUCCCUCCAGAAUGGACGGCUCACCGAUGUUCCCAGUCCGCAGGUGCUGGAAUUUGCUGAGUUCAUAGACAGCCUCUUUAAUUUGGAUAGCAAAAGCAGCUCUUUCCAGGACAUCUACUGCAUGAUGGUAUCAGAUAGCUCCAGUGACUUUGCGGAGAUGCCCAAGUCUGUUAGUGAUCAGGAGAUCCUGUUGAGAGCACAGUAUGAACCCAACUUAGUCCCAAAGCCCCCGAGGUUGUUUGCAGGCUCAACAGAUCCUUCGUCGGGCAUCUCUGUCUCACCUUCCUUCCCCCUUAGUUCAUCUGGAGAGCUCAUGGACAUCACUCCCACAGGCGUGAGCAGCCAGGAAUGCCUGGCCACUGACAAAAUCCGGACUUCCACCCCCACUGGGCAUGUAACCAGCCCUGCCAAGCAGGAGGACCUCAUGAUUUCGGCCCUCUAGUGCAGGGUAAAGGGGUGCGGCUCUGAGAGCUGAUCCCAUAGGCUGAGUGCUGGGAUAAUACUCGGAGAGGAGGUGGUCGUCAGGCAGUUGGAAUUGGUGGAGACAGCUGGAAACAUUCCUUCUGGGGUGACACGGUGGUGGCACGCCGUCUGGAGGAUGGAUUGUGCUCGAGUACCAUGCUUACUGCUGGGAGAAGAAGCAUUGCCUCACAAGGCCUGCUACACUAAGAGGGUCUGAGUCACUAAAGGUAGAUGCAAGUUCCCUACCUCAGCCUGUCUCAUUCCAUGUAAGAGGCAGAUUCCUUGCCCCAGGGCACCUGCUGAGUUUGGGAGUGAGAUGCCCUGCUACAGGGAAUGCUCAAGGGCAAAGGGGUAGAAGUUUGAGAGUUGGAUAGACAGAAGCAAGGGGGGCAGGCCAGAUUUUCCCCCCCCUCCCUCCCCUCCCUUGGUACCAUUUCAGUGGUUUUGGAAAUGAACGGAUUGAGACUUUGGGCCCUGUUGCACUACCAUGUCAGAUCUGGCCCAAGAUCCAAUUCGUCACACUUCCAUGGGGAUUGCUUUCCUGGGACACUCUCCUCUUUUAAAGCCAUUGGGGCUGUAUUUUCCCCAAAUGCAGUCUCCCCUUCCCUGGCCAGGUGCAGCAAGAAUUGGGCUGGCACUGUGUUAUCUCUCCCCUGAGUACUUCUGUGUUCAAUGACCGCCAGGCUGCUCCUGAGAGGAACGGAAACUGCUCUGAAAAGCCCAAAGCCCUCUGCCAUGUCUCUCCUUCACCAGAAAAAGUUCUCCUGGACAUCACCGUCAUCACUCGGUGGCCUGGACUGCUCUGAGCUGGCGAUGCUUCUGCAGGACUGACAGCAUUCUCAUCUCAGAGCUGCAUGGAUGGAUCAACUCAAAGAUUCAAAUGGCUCGUCUACACCCAGCGUUGCUUCCUAGGCACUCUAGAAUCCCUUCCUGGACCCUGCCAGGUCCUCACGCUACCCUUAUGCAGUCAUCACAGAUCAGUGCCAGCCACUGUCAUUGGGAGUUCAGGGAAAAGAUGAACUUUUACUAAGUAUUGGAAUCUCUUGUAUGUUUACAAAGCUGCUGAGCUUUUGGAAGGUAUUUAUUAAGCAAACGGGGAGGCUCUCUCUAGGCAAAAAGUAUAUUCAUUCUCUGCUCCCUGCGCCAUUCCCUCUGGAGGCUGAGGGGAGAGAGGGUAAACAGGUAUGCUCACAAGUCUCCUGCUUUAGAAGCAGGGUGGGAUGAUGGGAGACCGUUUGGCUCUGAGUCUGGGGGGAGCUGUGUCUCUUACCCAUUCUCCCUGAUGCGCAAUGUGUUACAAAGCUCAACCAAGUCAUUAGUGAAAGUACCUAAGCACUGCUGUGCAGAGCCUCAAUGCCCAGAGGAGCCUGCUGGAGCUUAUCCAAGUAGGGUAUCUCCCUGGUUUGAAGCAGGAAAGAAAUUACCAAUCUAGAAAGUUAAACAUACUGUGACCUUGUGCAAUCCUUUAACUGACAGAACAUUUUCAGCGGAGUUACCAAUGCAGUCUCAUUGGAGCUCUGUCCUCCCUCACUUGAAAAGAAAUUCCUCUUUUAACUUCCUUCUAACACUAGGGAUGUGACUUCCCCCUCCUUAGCUGUGGUAUUACCAAUGUAGGAAGAUGCUGUGCUUCCCAGGAGCUUGGUUUGCAACGGUUCCUGGGCUCCCGUGUUCUCUUAGGCUCUGGCUGUGCUCACCAGCAGCCCUGGUCAUGGCUCAGGGCUGUGCUGCCCUGGAUGCAGCACAGAGAGCACAGUGGUAUCAAAUAUUGUCACAUCAGAGCAGGAGCACCUUAUAGCUGCUGUGUGUUGAUGUAAGUAACUUCAGGUGCACAGAAAUGAACUGGACUUUGUCGGAGUGCUGGUCUCCUGCUCAAUUUCGUGUAGGAUACUGUAUCCCCCUGCUCUUUAAAAAUUACAGGGCCCUUAGAAAUGCAAGGCUUUUGUUCAAACAGGCAGUAAAAUGUUGUCCCCGUGCGUUAGAUCCCAGAGGGGACCUUUUCUAUACAGUCUUGAUUUGGAGGGAAGAACCCCCUCUGAAUUAGCUGUAAUCUGUAAAAGAUAAAAAAAAAAACCCCACUUUGUUCCAAGCAACAAGAAGUUGUUUGUUUUGUUAGUCCUUCAGAAUAGAGAAGUGUUCCCUUUUGCUGGGAGGUGAUGGUUCAGGAGCUGAUACAGACAGCUGUGUAAGUGCCAUCAGAUCAUCCACCAUUGCAGACCACAGGGGAAGGCUGACUUGCUGCAGGUAGUCAAGAAGCACUACAAGGGUGAUGUCCAGAAAUACGCACAUGGGUAGUUGUGAGGGAAAAGGGAGCUGAAACAUAGGGAGCCUGAGGCUAGCAGGCUAGCUCACCUCCUGAUGCAGACUGCUGCCAUGCACAUACAGUGGGGGAAAGGACUUUGCUUCUGUCUUUAGUUGUUGGCAGAAAGUGGGUAGUAAAAACACUUAGCACUUCGGCAGAGCUUUAUAUCUGCAAAGCACUUUACAAACAUGAAGGAAAGAAUCACCUCUGUCCCUGGCAGCGAGACUGGUUGGAACUACUGGUCCUAUCUGAGGGAUGGUGAGGAGAUGAUGCAAGCUGAGAAAGGUGGAUAACUUCCCUCUUAAAAACAAGUUGUUUCACUAGUGACCUGAUGCUGAAUGGCUCACAGUAUUGCACUAGGAAGUCACUUCUGACCUGGGUACCUCCCAUAUGUCCUGGAAAACAAUCAUGGUGUGACUGUUUCUUUCUCUGUGCCAUUGGAACUGUGUCCUUAGGGAAUGGGAUGACCUUGCCCUGACCAGCUGUAGCAGGAAACAGCCUGGCAUGCUGCAUUUUUUUUGC